AUGCCACAACAAAAGCACAAAGCGAAACGUGUCGCUAUCGACUUCGGGACAACAGGAACCGGUAUCGCCCGCUAUGAUAAGUCGACUGAGAUGCCCUGCCUUGUCCCCGUAGGCUGGAACGUCACAGAAGAUUCACCUCGCACUAGGCUGCCUGCAGCGAUGCUUGUCACGCAAUUCGAGCACGGCGUCGAUGUCGCCGUUGUAGGCUUCGAGGAUGAGUCGAAAUUUCGCGCCGAAAAGGAAAGAGAGGGCAAAGUCAUCCGCUCCGAAUUGAUCGCUGCCCCCAAGCUUCUUCUAGACCCGAAUCGAUGCAAGAAGGGUCAAGCCCUCAAGGACGCAGAAUACCUACAAGAAGUGAACGUAACACCCUGGCACCUCUAUAGGGUCUACAUGGAGAGGAUCCUGCAGUUUGUCAAGGAUAAUGUCGACAUAGACAGCAUCGAAACCUGGUGUCUUACUGUGCCAGUCAUAUAUACCACAGCCGACAAACCAAGCGAAGAAAUGCAGGACAAAAUGACACACGAGAUGAUCACCGCCGCAAGAUCCGUAAUCAACGAAGAGUACAAUAUCGAUGGCUCUCUAGAGUUCGAGUCAGAACCUGUCGCCGUAAUGGCACAGCUAGUGGCGCAGCGAUCGCUUAAAACCCAAGGCGAGAUAGUAGUAAUGUGGGACGCUGGCGGCAGCACUGUGGACCUCGCCGCUGCCGAGGUGGUUGACCAUUUGAGCGCUGCUGAGGUGAUUGACCACUUGAGAGCUGCCGAGGGGAAGAGGCAAGCUCUCAAGUUCAUCAUCGCUGCGGGUGCGUCAUCCGGCACCUACUACAUGUGGGAAGAACUGAAGAAGGCUUGCGAAGGCGAAGAACAAACGUACGGCUUUGCCAGAAAAGCCAUCGAGGCUAUGACGGAGCCAUGCGAUAUCACAAGAACGAAUAUUUCAGAAGCUACCGUGCGCAAAAUUAUGAACGCCUCUUAUUGCGCAGCUUUCAAGGAGACAUAUGUCAUGUUGUCCAAAUUGCGGAGAAUGAAGUACUCGGCGCCGAAGAUCAUAGUGGUCGGUCGGGCUCCUGGCGCCAACUCGAUGAUCAAUGCGUUUCUAGUCUCGAGUCUCCAGGGAAUACUUCGCCGGGUGUUCGAAGGGCAGACUUUACCCGAUAUUGAGGUUCCAGGAGGCCUAGACGUUGGUGUAUGCAGAGGCGCUGCUUUGCCAUAUAAUAGCGACCCUGUGCAAGCCUUCACAGAGGCCACGGUGGCUGUUUGCUAUCGAGCGGACGGGGGAAGGGGCCUACCAAAAGAACUUCGAGGAAAGGACAAUGCACUCGUCGUCAUAAAGAACAGCGGCGUUGAGAAGCUGUCGAAGCAGUGGCUGUCCUGCCAGGUGGACGGUGCCCCUAAGAAGUUCGUGGUACACCUCCACGUCAUUGUUUCAAAGCGGAAGCCGUAUACGUACGAGGACGAAACCAACAGUACCUUAUACUGUUACCCGAAGGCGGCCGGGCUCACUAUGAAUGCAUUGCCUAUCAAUCUGGAGGGGCAUGCAAAGGACGGGGACCGGAUAGAGUACAUGAUAUCCCAGCCCGACCCGCGAAAGCCGACUGCCGUUGCAAUCGAAGUAAAAUGCCCGAACGGCAGAGUGGCAACGCAAUGUGAGCUGAUCAAGGAUCGAGAAAGGUUACAGCUUCGACUGGUAAAAGGACGCACCUUCCAAGACCACGACGAGGUUCUCCAGCUGGCGGCUCGCGCAGACGGCCAGGGUGAUGCGUACGACGGACCGGACACUGAACCAGAGGAAGGUUCCACCUCGGUCCAACUACCGCUGCACGCAAAUAAACGGGGACAAGAAAACGGGGGAAAAGCCUCCCCCCCAGGGAAGAGCCAGAAACGACGCAGACUGCCAGACCGGGCAGAUGCCAACCGUUGA